CCUAUUGAGAGCACUAAACCCCUUUAAAACCACCAUCGCCAUCUCUUCCUCCUAUCUCACCCUUAUCGCUUCUCUCUCUUCUCUCUUAUCUCUUCUAUGUUUCUCUCAACAUACACAUACGCAUACGCAUACACAUACACAUACACAGUUACGAGAUGAUGAAUGUAGCAACGUACUCUCAGCGUCCCCCAGAGCACCCUGCAACUUUACCAGAUCUUAAGCUAUACCAGGCUUUAAUAUUUUCAGUUCCCAUUCUCUUCACUAUCAUUCUCAUGCUCUUGUUUUACAUGCUUUACUUAAGGAGGAAGAACUUCAACUCCCAAAUGCAACCAACCUUCUCAAAUCAACCCACUGCUGUCCUUUCUUCUGCUGCAGAUUUGGGGGCGAGCAAGGAAUUGAUGGGCUUGCUCCCAAUAAUUACUUUUAAUAAAAGCCUCACAGUCACAGAUACUGAAUGCUGUGUGUGCCUUGGAGAGUACCAAAACAAUGAGCAGCUACACCAGAUCCCCUUAUGCAGGCAUACAUUUCACAAGGAUUGCAUCCACCAUUGGCUUGUUGACAACUCCACAUGUCCACUGUGUCGAGGACCACUUCUUCCAUCUAACAAGGCUCAACAGACUGUCGAAGUUUCAUGUGUGCUUAAUCCUAAUGGAGGCAAUGUUUCCAUAAAUCCCACAAAUGGAACACAAAAUCUCGUAGACAAUCGGAUUGUUAUACGAAUUGUGGAACAUGACAUGUGAAGUUUUGAUAUUAAAAACAAUCUUGGAGAAAAAACCAAAUUUAUUUCUAUUGUGCAUCAAGUUUACCAU